UCAAAUCCUGAGGGAGGAAGACGCAUCUAGACGGACUUUCAGUCUCUUUCAGCUCUAUGUGAAAACUUACAUGUACUGAGACAGAAUAGUUGUCUGUAGCACCGCCUCAGAAUUACAUCUGAAAUGUCCGCUGGAACAUCUGUACUGCUCAGCUGGACCCAGCUGUGGCUCUGCCUCCUUGUUUUGGUCCGUGCAGACCUGAAAAACAUAACAUCUAAGUCUGGACAGAACGUCAUUCUGCCAUGUCGAGCUCCAAACAAGGACAUCUGCAUCAUUGUUUUAGAGUGGAGCAGAGCUGACCUGGGAGAAGAAUAUGUCCUAACGUACCGAGACGAGCAGUUUGAUCCAGAUGAGCAGCAUCCAUCUUUUAAGAACCGGGUGGAUCUGCAGGACAGACAGAUGAAGGAUGGAAACGUGUCUUUGAUUGUGAAGGAUGUGAUGAUUAACGACACUGGAACAUACAAGUGUCGUAUCAUCAUGAGAGAAACACGCUCGUGGGAAUCCAUCAACAACAUCAACCUUCAUGUUGAUCCUCCAGGUCAGACAGGAGGAGGCAGAUUUGUCCCACUGAUACUUUGUCUACUUGGUUCCACUGUCUUUAUUGUGGUCAGUUUUCUGAUCUACAGAAGAAAACCCCACAAAUAGGAUUCACACGUCCUUCCUGUUGAACAGCAGCAUAUUUAAAAUGUCUCAGAGCUUUUUAACUGUGAACUGAGUCGCUUGCAAUUGUUACUAAAUAUUUAUUAGAGUUUUCUCAUU